CUAAAUAAUAAAAUCAGCACCCACCUUAUUUACUUUCGUUUUCACCUCUCCAGACGAAAACCUUCAGUCUAUGACUACGCACACUGGAAAGUGAAUAGUUACUCCCAUUUGUAAUUUUGUACAUCUAAUAAUAAUAAAAUACCAGAGAGAGAAAGAGUGGGCAGGAAUUAAGUUAGGGUUUUGGAUUAAGAAAGUAAAAAGAAGAAGACUAAGAAGAAAAGUGGAAAUCUCCAGCGCGAGAGAUAUAGAGAGAUAGAGAGAUGAGUAUAUGGAACUAUGUGGUGACGGCGCACAAGCCGACCAAUGUAACGCACUCGUGCGUCGGCAAUUUCACCGGUCCUCAGGAGCUCAAUCUCAUAAUUGCGAAAUGCACAAGAAUCGAGAUUCAUUUGCUCACUCCUCAAGGUUUACAGCCUAUGUUGGAUGUGCCAGUAUAUGGCAGAAUUGCAACACUUGAGCUGUUUCGACCACAUGGUGAAACACAUGAUCUUCUGUUCAUAGCAACAGAAAGAUAUAAAUUUUGUGUUCUUCAAUGGGAUCCUGAGGCUGCUGAAGUAGUUACUAGAGCGAUGGGGGAUGUUUCUGAUCGAAUAGGCCGUCCCACUGACAAUGGUCAGAUCGGCAUAAUUGACCCAGAUUGCAGAUUGAUUGGGCUUCAUUUGUAUGAUGGAUUAUUUAAGGUUAUUCCAUUUGAUAACAAAGGCCAACUCAAGGAAGCAUUUAAUAUAAGGCUUGAAGAGCUUCAAGUUUUGGAUAUCAAAUUUCUUUACGGUUGCGCAAAGCCUACGAUAGUUGUUCUGUACCAGGAUAAUAAGGAUGCUCGUCAUAUCAAAACUUACGAAGUGGCUUUGAAGGAUAAAGAUUUUGUUGAGGGACCAUGGUCUCAGAACAAUCUCGAUAAUGGAGCUGAUUUGCUAAUACCUGUACCUCCUCCUCUUUGUGGGGUUCUAAUUAUUGGUGAAGAAACUAUAGUGUAUUGUAGUGCCACUGCUUUUAAAGCAAUCCCUAUUAGACCUUCAAUUACAAGAGCCUAUGGAAGGGUUGAUGCUGAUGGUUCUCGAUACCUACUUGGAGAUCAUAAUGGUCUACUCCACCUCUUGGUGAUAAAUCAUGAGAAAGAGAAAGUUACUGGACUCAAAAUUGAGCUGCUGGGGGAAACUUCUAUUGCAUCAACAAUCUCAUAUCUUGACAAUGCCUUUGUAUACAUUGGGUCAAGCUAUGGAGAUUCACAGCUCAUAAAGCUAAAUCUUCAGCCUGAUCCAAAAGGUUCUUAUGUAGAAGUUUUAGAAAGAUAUGUCAACUUGGGGCCAAUUGUCGACUUCUGUGUGGUUGAUUUAGAGAGGCAAGGUCAGGGCCAGGUUGUAACUUGCUCAGGAGCCUACAAAGAUGGUUCCCUUCGAAUAGUUCGAAAUGGCAUUGGAAUUAAUGAACAGGCAUCUGUGGAACUCCAAGGCAUCAAAGGAAUGUGGUCACUGAGGUCAGCUACUGAUGAUCCUUAUGACACUUUCCUUGUUGUCAGCUUUAUUAGUGAGACACGUAUUUUGGCAAUGAAUCUUGAGGAUGAGUUGGAGGAAACUGAGAUAGAAGGUUUUUGUUCUGAAGCUCAGACUUUGUUUUGCCAUGAUGCUGUAUUCAAUCAACUUGUGCAGGUGACUUCGAUUUCAGUAAGAUUGGUGAGCUCCACCUCUAGAGAAUUGCGACAUGAAUGGUUUGCUCCUGCUGGAUUCUCAGUGAAUGUUGCAACCGCUAAUGCCACUCAGGUUUUAUUGGCUACUGGUGGUGGUCAUUUAGUGUUCUUGGAAAUUGGUGAUGGAGUGCUAACUGAAGUAAAGCAUGCUCAGCUAGAGUAUGAUAUUUCAUGCCUGGACAUAAAUCCAAUUGGUGAAAAUCCAAAUCAUAGUCACAUAGCUGCAGUUGGAAUGUGGACUGAUAUAAGUGUCAGAAUUUUUUCCCUUCCUGACUUAAAUCUGAUUACCAAGGAGCAUUUGGGAGGAGAGAUAAUUCCUCGCUCUGUUCUUCUCUGUUCCUUUGAGGGGGUAUCUUACUUGCUAUGUGCCCUUGGAGAUGGUCAUCUGUUAAAUUUUGUCCUGAACAUGAAUACUGGCGAGUUAACAGAUCGGAAAAAGGUCUCUCUUGGAACGCAACCCAUAACACUUCGCACUUUCUCAUCAAAGAAUGCAACACAUGUCUUUGCUGCUUCUGAUAGGCCAACUGUAAUUUACAGCAGCAACAAGAAACUAUUGUACAGCAAUGUGAACCUAAGGGAAGUCAGUUACAUGUGUCCUUUCAACUCUGCAGCUUUUCCUGACAGUCUUGCAAUUGCAAGAGAAGGUGAGCUAACAAUUGGUACUAUAGAUGACAUUCAAAAACUUCACAUUCGCACCAUCCAACUUGGAGAGCAUGCUCGUCGCAUAUGUCAUCAGGAGCAGACCAGGACCUUUGCUAUAUGUAGUUUAAAGUACAAUCAGUCAAGUACAGAAGAUGCAGAAAUGCAUUUUGUACGCUUGAUAGAUGACCAAACUUUUGAGUUUAUAUCUUCUUAUCCACUUGACCAGUAUGAGUAUGCUUGUUCAAUACUUAGCUGCUCCUUUUCUGAUGAUAGCAAUGUUUACUAUUGCGUUGGCACUGCAUAUGUAAUGCCAGAGGAGAAUGAACCAACCAAGGGCCGGAUCCUUGUCUUCAUUGUUGAAGAUGGAAAACUCCAGCUAAUUGCUGAGAAAGAGACUAAGGGAGCUGUGUACUCCCUGAAUGCUUUUAAUGGGAAACUGCUUGCUGCUAUUAAUCAGAAGAUACAGUUGUAUAAAUGGAUGCUUCGAGAUGAUGGUACCCAUGAACUGCAGUCGGAAUGUGGACAUCAUGGUCACAUCCUUGCCCUUUAUGUACAAACUCGUGGAGAUUUUAUUGUCGUAGGUGAUCUGAUGAAAUCAAUCUCACUGUUAAUUUACAAGCAUGAGGAGGGUGCUAUUGAGGAGCGAGCUCGUGACUAUAACGCGAACUGGAUGUCAGCAGUUGAGAUUCUUGAUGAUGACAUCUACCUAGGUGCAGAGAACAACUUCAAUCUCUUCACUGUGCGGAAAAAUAGUGAAGGCGCUACUGAUGAGGAGCGUGGUCGUCUUGAGGUGGCUGGUGAAUACCACCUGGGUGAAUUUGUCAAUCGGUUCCGUCAUGGUUCUCUUGUCAUGCGAUUGCCAGAUUCUGAUGUUGGGCAGAUUCCGACGGUCAUUUUUGGGACAGUUAAUGGUGUUAUUGGCGUAAUCGCGUCUCUUCCUCUUGAGCAGUACACCUUCCUGGAGAAGCUGCAGGCAACCUUGAGGAAGGUGAUAAAGGGUGUGGGAGGUUUGAGUCAUGAACAGUGGAGAUCAUUCUGCAAUGAGAAGAAAACGGUGGAAUCAAAAAAUUUCUUGGAUGGAGAUCUUAUAGAAUCAUUCCUUGAUCUUAGUCGAAAUAGGAUGGAGGAGAUUUCGAAGGCAAUGACUGUUCCAGUGGAGGAACUUAUGAAAAGAGUGGAAGAGCUAACUAGGCUGCAUUAGGGGCGUAUCCUGCUUGGUUGUCCUUCUGUCUUGUUUCACCUUUUCUUAUUUUUCUUUGUGGGGAGGGGAUUUUCUUUUGAUUUGUCUUGUCAAUCUCAAAACUAGGUAAAUUCUUUUGCCUUAGACCUUUUUUUUUUUUUUUUUUGUAUUGCAUGUUGCAUUCUUUCUUCUCAUGUAAUUUAUCUGUUGUUAAUUAGAUAUAGCCAAAAAAAAAAAAUUCUUGUUUUUAGAAAA